AUGCCACCAAAAUGUCCAAAAUGCGGAUGUACAGAGCUGGACACAGAUCCAUCCCGUGGAGACACAGUGUGUACCAACUGCGGGCUGGUAACAGAAGACCAGAUGCUGGUGAACGAAGUGGAGUUCACCCAAACAGCCUCAGGUCAAUCCGAAGCAGUUGGUCAGUUUCUCGGUACAGACAUGAGAGCUCCAAGAGUUGGCCAGCUCCACGGGCAAUCAUCGCGAGAGCUAACUGUGUACAGAGCGCGAAAAGACAUCGCGCAUCUCUGCAAGCAGCUGAGCAUGUCGGGUCACCAAGUGGAGCUGGCUACGAAUUUUUACAAGCAAGUCCUCCACCGGAACCUGACCCGGGGUCGGAAGCAGAUCUUGACCUACGCUGGUUGCAUUUACUUGACCUGCAGAAUCGAAAAAACUCCGCAUCUCUUGAUUGACAUCAGUGACAUCACCCAGAUCGACGUCUACGAAUUGGGCAGAACGUACCUGCACUUCGUGAAAGCUCUGUACCUGGAGAACUCCGUGGACGGAGCGAUUAGCAUCGACUCCGAAGACGGCGGCAAUGAAUGCAUUAAAGCAGUGGAUCCUUGCUUGUAUGUGAUGCGAUUUGCGGAGAAACUAGAGUUCGGGACCGAGAAGAUGAAGGUAGCCAAAACUGCGCUCAGACUGGUGGCCAGGAUGAAGAAGGACAAUAUUCACACCGGGAGAAGACCUUCGGGAAUUUGUGGAGCUGCCUUGCUAAUUGCGGCGCGCAUGCAUGACUUUAAUAGGACUGUUGGAGAUAUUAUCAAAGUGGUCAAGAUUCAUGAGUCGACUUUGAGGAAGAGGUUGCUGGAGUUUGGAGAAACUUCGGCUAGUGCUUUGACUCUGGAUGACUUUGAGUCCAUUGAUUUCGCGCAGGAAGAAGACCCCCCGGCGUUCAAAGCGGCCCGGAAGGCGGAAGAGAACUUGAGGGAGGCUGAUUUCAUGGAUAUCGGAGGGGAGUUCACGGAUCUUCAGAAGGAAAUUGAUAAAGCCGAUUGGUUUUAUUUAAUUAAAAUCAAAUUAUACUUGAGCGAACAACAGCAACGAUCAAAAAAGCGCUCAUUGGCCGCCAUGUUGGGUGCCGAUUACGAAGAAGACGCCGAGGUGGACCGCUUUAUCGAAAGUACAACCCGCGAAAUAGCGGAAAACUUCGUGGAAGACCGAGGAUUGGGUCCCGACGUUUCUUCUAUGGGCCUCCCGAACAACUUCUUCGAUCGCCGGGUGGUCAAAGAAGGGAGCAGGUUCGAAAAGUACAACAACGAAUCGGGAGAAAUCGACCUUGAGGGGCUGGACGACGAAGAACUGGACGAGUACAUCCUAAAAGACGCCGACGUGGUGAAGAAGACUGAACUGUGGACUGUUUGCAACGCCGACUACCUGGAGCUCCAGAGGAAGAAAGAGGAACAAAGGCUGAAGGACGAAGAAGAGGGAAAGCCGCCACCAAGGAAGCGGAAAGCCCCCAAGAAGAAGGAGCUCGCUAAUUCCGCGGGGGAGGCUCUGGAGAACCUUAUCAAAGAGAAGAAACUGUCGAAGAAACUCAAUUAUGAUGUCAUCAAGCAAUUGAAGGAAGAGACUAGCAUCGGCUUUGGGGAAAAGAAAUCUAUUGGGAAUAAUUAUGACUCCGCUGGGUUUGUUUGUAAAUGUUCUCGUUUGAGGGCAAAUGAAUUUGUUGUUAUUAAGCUUGUUGAAAGUGAGCGAAUAAAAUGUUGA